AUUUUAUUUGCUUAAUUUGUGGUUUUCAAAUUUUCAGUGCCCAUGUUGACAAAAUUAUAGGCAGUGAAAGCGUGUCAGUAAAAAUUGUUGAUUAUGGAAAUGUAUCUUAGUAUUAAAUACGGAUGUAAAACCAUUAAAAGCAAAUUUUACCAAAGUACCAUUUGUUGGAUUUUGUUGCAACAUUUCGGGUAUUGCUGCAAAACAUGAAGAUGAGAGUGCAGAAGAUUGUUUAAAAACAAGAGUGCUCAUUGACCAUACGAAACUUAUUGCUCAAAUAAAAGGAGUUCAUCUGAGUCAAUCGAAUCUUGGAGAAAUUAUUUUAGAACUGCAACUAUUCGACCUAAACAACAUGACCGGGAAUAAGUUGGACAUUGGAGAAGUGCUUAUACAGAACAGUAGGGCCAUCCGUGAAGAUUGGAAGACUUAGACAGAUGUACCUUAUCGACUGUUAGAUUUUAUAGAUUUAUUGUUUAUUUAUUUACUUAAGACAUUAUUUGGGAUGUGAAGCAGCUCCAUGCAGGAAACAAUUUGUUAUUCAAAAUGCUUCUGGGAAAAAUUUAAUGCCCAAAAAGAUAUGAAAUGCUUGUCCUUUUUAAAUACUUUCUAAAGAAAUAUUUAUUGAUGUCUUCUAUGUAAUUAUUCUUCCGUAAAAGCAAGGCAUUAAUUUUGACAUAGAUUAAAUAUUAUGUACUUACAUAUUUAUGGUAUUUUUUUAUUGUAAUAUCAAAAAGUUGUUGGUUUUAUUUAUUGUAAAAUGUCUUAAAAAGUUGAGAAAAGAAGCAAGUUAUUAAAUACUGACUGAUUUAUGUUCUUUGGUAGUUUUGGGGUUGCUUUUGUACAAUUGUGAUUAAUCAAUUAUGUUCCUUGUAUUUAUCAUUAUAUUAACAUACUAUUAAUGUAUUUUACUCAUAAGUAUUAUUAUAUUUAUUUAACUAAGCAUAGUUUGCAUAUUGAUGCUUUAUAAUGGUUGUGAGAGGUGGGUAUUAUUGUUAUAUAUGUUUAAUCCUAUAUAGUAGAGCAAUGCUUUAUUCAAUAUUCCCACCUCUUAUUGCAUUUUUUAAAUUAAAUAAUACCUUAAUAAUUAUAUUUAAUAAUACUUAUUAUUGUUUUGAUACGACACAUGAACUUAAGAGUUCGAUAAAAUGUAAAUGUGCCUUAUAU